AUGAGUGUUGUCGAGAUUUCUCUCUCGGACUCAACCAGUGACUCCUCUGACGAGCAGGAUGAGUCAGAAAGUGAAUUCACCGACGAACAUAAACUUGAAAAAGCAAAAGAAAAUAUCGAAAUUAAUGAUGAUUCAUUUGGUGACGAUACUGAGACAUGUCCUAUAUGUUUUGAACUGUGGACCUCAUCUGGACCACACAAAGUCUGUUGUCUUCGUUGUGGACAUCUUUUCGGCUAUUCAUGUGUUACGAAAUGGUUCAAGGCUGCUGGGAAAAAAGCCAAGUGCCCUCAGUGCAAUGCGAAAGCUAAUCGACGUGAUAUCCGAGUACUGUAUUGCAAAAACCUAAAGGUUUUGGACACAACUGACCGAGACAGAGCCCUGGCUGAACUUGAACGUGAAAAACGAGAACGGCAGAAAGCAGAACAGGAGGCUGCAGAAUUUAAAGCAAGAUGUGAUCUUCUCUAUGCAGAGGUACUUCAACUUCGUGACGAGCUCCAGACUACCACAGGAUGCUCUAAAGUUCGUGUGCAAAACACUAAUGAAGUCUCGAGUUACAAAGCGUCAAGCUCAGACGGUUCAACUGUUCCCACUGGUUUUGAUGGUCAGUAUACAUUAGUAAAUUCAUUAUUGAUCUCAGUUUGUGGAAAUUGUCGUGUUAUGGCAUCAUGUGAUUACUUGAAUACCUUGUGUGUUUCACAGUCUUCAACUAAUCCAAUAUUUCGAGGAUUCGGUAUACGUAAGGUCCAUAGUGCUGAACAAAGACUAAUAAAAUAUGUACACUUACAUACGCAACCAAUUCGUGACUUGGCAUUUCAUCCAGAAGCUCAUGAUGGUAUUAUUGCAAGCGCAAGCUUAGAUAAAACUUUACGUCUUACUAGUUUAUUAAAUGAUUCAAUUGUUCAAACUUAUCAUUGUCCAGUAGGAAUAUGGAGUUGUUGUUGGGCUGAAGAUUCAAAUCGUUUAUUUGCUGGUUGUGCAAAUGGUUCAAUUAUGUUAUAUGAUAUACGUGUGACUACUGGUCCAAUAGAUAUUUUCUAUGUACCAAAUAAUGAUGCUCCAGUUUUGGGAUUACAGUAUUUAUCACCUAAUGUAAAUCAAAAUAUUUCCAGUGAUGGAGGUUUAUUAGUCGGUCAAUUAAAUAAAGUUACAUUUAUGUCUGAAAGUUCUGUAACUCCCUUAUCUAUGCAACAAACAACUAACCAAGAACAAAUAGAAUCGGCUGAUGAUCGUAUUACUUCAACUAAUAAUUCAGAAAAUCCCUCAUCGCCUGAUAUACUGCAAGAUAAUAAUUUGUCACGUCCAUCAAAUUGGCUAGGAAAUAUACCUACAUAUAAACCGCAUAAUCUUCCUUUAGAAGGUAGUUUAGUUUCAUUAAGUGCUCUUCCAAAAAGGCGUCAAUUUUUAGCCUCUUACAGACCAUCUCAACGAUUACCUCGUGCAAGACAUUUAUUGGCGGAAUUACGAUCUGAAACUUCAUCUGUGACAGAAACAGCUUACUCCUGUAGAGAAAUACACAAUCUUUGGGCAGGAAAUAGAAUGAAAAAGCUUACUCGUGCUAAACUAUUUGUUGGACCUUCAAAAGAAUCAGAUCUUAUCGCUGUUGCUGGUAAUGAAGAUGUUAAUGGUGCUUUGAUAUGGCGGUGCUCUGAUGGCACACAAGUACAAGUCUUACAACCUCCUGAAACUACUGCUGAUAAUCCUAUCUUGGAUGUAUGUCCCAUCUUUGUUGCACAGAAUCAAAGUCAUUAUUUAACAUUACUUACUGAUCGAAUGCUUCAUUUUUAUAUGUGGCGUGCUCAGAAUUGAUAAUAAUCUUAUAGUGUAAAUAUGUAUAUAUUGCAACCUAGAUCAUUAUAACUAUUAUUUUUUAUUUAAAACAAUGAAUGUAAAGUAUAAGUAAUUUUAACAAAUCCUUAUUGGUAUAUUCCAUAGUUACAAAAUUUAUGUUUGAAAGAUGGAUGGCUGGGUUUUUUGUAGUUGAUUUCAAUGUUCCCUACUGUUUUUAUAGAUUUUGACUUCCUUACUGACCAAGAGCAUAGUUCGCCUGAUGUUAGGCUUCAAUAACAAUCUUAUGAAUUCCACUAUCCUGG